UGUGAACUCAUGAUGCUGUAGACACCAGGAGCUAAAUCUCUAAAGGAUGAAGAUCAGGAUGUUGCCUAGAAUAUACAAUCUUGUAUUUAUUUGUCCUGUAUAAGUAAAAGAAUUGUUUGACAUCCAUCUGAAUGGUCUGAACCAGAAUGGCCAAGCCGUUCUACAGACUACAGCACUUUUUAAGGCGGGCUCAGUUGCUUCUGUUUUUUCUGGGUGUGGCUUACAUCAUGGCAGGAAGCGUGUUACUGCUUCAGCGCUCCAGUGUGCUAACAUUUCAGAGAGAAACAGAUACCGCGGCGCUACCUUCACUACCAGCGCCACCUAGAUCCCUGGAGCUACCUGCUGCCAGGUGGUUGUACAGAAGGAAUGUCAUCCAAGUGAUGGAGAACCAACCUCGUGAUCAGACAGACAGAAGAAAGGACCAAAAACACUUCAUAUCUCGUAAUCUGGAGAUCAGGCAUUUGAGACGCCACUGGUUCCAUGAUAAUGCAGAACAGAAAAGCUCUUCUGAACAUAAUCUGUCACGCAAGAAAGACAGACAAAAAGGGACCUACAUCGGAUGUUUUAUAAACAAUGAAACGGAGCACGCACUCGGCGGGACCAUUCUUUAUGAUUUCCGCAAAAUGACCAGCGCCAUGUGUCAGGACACCUGCUCUGAGAG